AUGGACGGUCUUGCCGCGUCAUGUGCUCACAUUGCGGAUCUGGGGCUCAAGCUUGCCCACGAGGCAAACGACUAUUCCGAGGCCAUCGCCGACGCGGACAGCCGAAUCAAGGACCUUGCAAAAGACGUUGAAUUGACCUCGGAAGUGUUCCAAGAAGCGAGCGCAAUUUUUGGUGAUGUACACAUCAAAGCCGUGCUGAACAAAAAUGCCGAAACCACGGUGCGGACUCUACUUGAGGCCUGCCGUGGCAUAUUCGGAGACCUUGACGCAAUCUUGGAAGAUGGGCGAAUGAACAAGCAGGCCUGGCCCUUUGAGCCACACAAGUUUGAAAUGUUCAAUGCCGACCUCGACAUGAAGAACGACACAUUGCGGCUUCUUCUACUGACGCUGCAACUCGCUUGUCACGGGAUACCUGUGGAUUGCCCCAGUCCGAAGGACGACGACCAGCUGCAAAAAAUGGAGAAGCUGAUCUCUGCCGUUGAAGCAUCCGGAAGGAGAUUCGAGGCGAUUCGCGCCAAUGUGAUUUCCGUGGAUGAGAUAUCGAUAACCACGGAAUUCACGUACAUUGACGACAGUCCACCGUCUCCUGUCCAACCAGCAGCACAAAUGUCUGCGUUCACUGACUCCGACAACACGACCCCGGAUGACGAACAUGUCGAAGCAUUGAGCACAGAAGAUCCACAUGAGACAUCAGCUCUGACACACGACCUGAAGACUUGCAUCGAACACGUGCAAGGAGUCCUGCACCACAUUGAGGAGGUGAAGACCUCCGGCAACGACGCCGUCGUGAACCAAACAGAGGCCUGGGAUCUCAUGCAUGCAUUCACCCGCACAUCAGCGUUGCUCGAAGAAAUCAUGACCGGCAAGAGGAGGUCGGCUAGACCAAGCGGAUCGUUCGAACAAGAGUCACAUCAAGCAUCACUAAUUGGCAUGGAGGAUCUUGUCAAACAAGCUUUUGCCUUUGACCCUUCCGCUUGCCAGUACGUGUACAGGGGUCAAUACGACCUUGUCGGCCCCGACGGAGCGGUUAUCCUACCGAUGCUUUGGGCGACGACCGUCCAGCCCGGUUGGACGGUCACUAUGCAAAUCUCGCACUUUGACAUCCAUACUCUCAAUAAAUCACCAUCACCUCGUCAACGCGUCCCAUCCUUUCGCGAUCCAUGGUCCGGCGCCGACAUUGAUCGAGGUCGUUCUUUGACUCGCCGGCGCAGCCCUUCUCCAAUCAUCAUUGAUGUUGUGGAAGGUCCGACUGGUGUUGAGAUUGUCAAGCCUGGCAAAGAAGCUAGACUCUGCCUGUUCCUCGUCAAGUUCGAGGCAAAGAAGGAUGUGCGGAGAUUCCCCCCUUACCAAUUCUGA